AUGGCGAAUCUCCAAGUCAGUAGUACGGAGCAAAUCAGUUCCACCACCGUCGGCAGCAGUCCAGGCGCCGCCGUCAUCCACCUCCCGGCCGCGGAGCUUAAGAAGCAGCGGUCCCUGAUCCCCGAGCGCUGGGCCGAUCAGGUCCGGGCCAUCGGCAUCUCCGAGUACAAGGAGGCCGGGCUGUCGAUUGCGCAGGCGUUCGCCACGGACGAGCUGGCGCACUACCUGCUCGACUCGGACGACAUGGCGCACCUCGCACCCGAGGCCAAGUGGAAGCUCCACGUCGACAUGAUGAAGUACAUCGUCGCCGCGCACUGCUACAGUGGCCUCGUCACCACCAUCGGGCCGGACUACGAGGGCGUUGCGCUUUGGGCGCCACCGGGCACCACGACCGACGACUGGCUGACGACGUUGCGCUCGGGCGCGUGGCGGCUGUACUACCAGCUCUCGAGCGAGGGCUGGCGCCGCUACAACGACGAGCUGCUGCCGCUGCUGCACCACACCAAGGCCGAGGUCAUGGGCGACCGCGACGACGACUGCUACUACCUCGUCUACAUCGGCACCAAACCCAGCGGGCAGCGACGCGGCUACGCGAGGAAGCUGAUCGAGGCCAUGGCGGCCAAGGCCGACGCCGAGAACCGCGCCAUGUACCUGGAGUCGAGCUCGGAGCGCAACAGCGCCUACUACCGCAAGUUCGGCUUCGAGCCGCGGCGGGACAUCUUCCUGGGCGCGGCGGACGGCGAGUCGGCCUCCGCCGCGUCCAAGCCGCCCGUCCGCCUGUCCAUCAUGGUGCGCGAGCCGCAGACCGUCGCCGGCAAGAGCAUCCCCAUCAAGCUCGGGGCCGGCUUCAAGCGCCUGCAGUGA